UUUUCAUGGUCACAUGCAAAACAAUACUUAAGACAGGAAACAGCUUAGUUUAGUGUUUAUUAAAUGGCAAAAGGAUGAUAAAAUGGUUUUAAAAAUAAGUAAACAUAUCGUAGUAAAGCUUUAGGUUACUAUAUGUUAAAUGUCCUUUUGUAAGGGUAGACAUCUGACUGCGCUGAUUUAGAAGAAGAAAGUAGAUAUGCUACGAUGGAUUCUCGGAGGGAGAGACGCUCAAGGGCCAGUAGAGAAAACCACAGUGCUGUUCAUUGGGGAGGAACAACCAAAGAAUUCUUACACGGAGCUCCAGGUGCUUAAAGGACAUUUUGACAUAGUUCGAUUUCUAGUGCAGAUUGAUGACUUCAGGUUUGCAUCGGCUGGAGAUGAUGGACUUGUGCUGGUUUGGAAUGUUCAGACAGGAGAGCGUCUCCGGGAGUUAAGAGCUCACUCACAGCAGGUCACAGCCAUCGCUGCCUUUCGGACUGAGUCCAGCCGCGGCAUGAUCAUCACGGCCUCUUCAGACAGAACCGUCAGCCUGUGGGACACGGAGACUGGGAAUCGUGUUCAGAUGGUUUCUGAGCUGCAGUCUUCUGUGAAGUGCCUGCUUGUUCUGGAAAGACUUGAUGUAUGGCUUUCUGGAGGGAAUGAGCUGUGUGUCUGGAAUAAACAUUUUGAACUUCUGUGUAAGACUGACUGCUAUAAGGAUGCAGGGGUCACUGCCAUGAUCGAGCUGCCUAAGAACUGUAUUGUGGCAGCCGUGGACAAAGAAUUAAUUGUUUACAGACUGAUCGUGUCUUCUUCUGAAACUGAAACUUCUAUUCAAGAGAUCUGCAGAUUAACAGACCACCAUGACAGCGUUCGGACUCUGAUUUCUGUAAAUGACCAGAUGUUCGCUAGUGGAUCUCAUGUUGGUGAAUUAAUAGUAUGGGAUUCUCUGGACUGGACCAUUCAGGUUUAUGAGCGGAUCUUCUGGGAGACGGCUCAAACAGACUCGCAACCAGAAAUAAAACUGACCUCACAGAAACAAAAUGAAAUGUCUAUACAGCACUUAACAUCUGAUGGAGAGUUUGUUGUUGCUGCGGUUGGAAAUGGACUAUACAUUUACAACAUUUUGACAAAGAAUGUAGUUGCUUACAGGAGAACUGCGCAUGAUUCAAAUGUUUUACAUUCUUUAUUACUACCUAACAGGCAGCUGAUGUCGUGCUCGGAAGAUGGGAGUGUCCGUAUGUGGGAACUACAGGAUCUGCCUCUGCCUGCUGAACCUGCCUCUUCAGGCUUCUUUGGCAUGUGGGGGUUCGGGAGAUCAAGCAAGCUGGCGAGUCAGCAGGUGAAGAAGGUGGUGGAGACCCCCAGCCUGCGCACUCUGGAGCUGACAGGAGACCUCAUCGGUCACUCCGGGGCUGUUCAGAUGUUUCUGUAUUUUGGAGAUGGCAGCCUGGUGACUUGCUCUACUGACCACCUCAUCAUUGUGUGGAGAGACGGGUACAAGGAGUCAAGACUCCGGAGUUUAGCCUUAUUUCACAAACUGGAGCAGAAUCAAGGCCUGUGACCCUUGUUUGUCCUUUUACCAUAUGUACUAAUAGAAGCAUACAUACACUGCGUUUAAUAUACAUCCCCUAAAAGGUUGAAAAAACAAUUCUGCAUUCAUGACAUUAAACAUGACACUUUAUUUUCCUUAAACUGCAAUUUUACUUUACUAAUUGGUAAUGAGCAGCUUUCUUUUUGUGAAGUGCUCUUAAAUGUAGCUCAGAGCAUGCUGCCUAUUUCUACUGUUAAUUGUAUUUCUGUAUUUAAAAAGUAAUAGUGUUAUAACUGACAUGAAAUAAUGUAGCGUAUGCCAAAUGUAUAGUCCAAGUCUGUGAAAAUGUCAGUGGGUUAAGAUUUGAUUUAGCUGUGAUUAUAAUUUUAUCGCUAUUAAAAUGUAAUGAUGGCAUAGCUGGUUUUUGGCAUCCUUUUACAUUGGUUGCAUACUGAAAUUUUAAACUGUUGUGUUUUGCAAGUUAAGAAGCCUAACGUUUUGAUGUGAUAUCAUAGUUUCUUGUAUUCAUAUUUCACGAGGAAUCUGUAAUGAAUGCAGAAUCUAUACACAAUAGCUUGUGAAACACUGUACUAAGUUAUUAAAAAGAGAGUUUACAGAU